UGAGCUUUAAAGCCAUUCCCACUCGGUACAAAAACGAUGACUUAGUUAUAUUUCACUUUUGAACCGAGUGGAGUGCGAACCCACAUCUGCUAUCAACUGUCCAAACAUCUACCGCUUAUCAGAGUAUUAAUCAUUUGUGUUAAUAAGCUGAUAACCAUCCCCGAUUACCGUCAGUCUGUGCUUUCAGAACCGUUGUUCAACAUGUUCUAUUUCGCGGUAUUGUUCGCAUUUCUAAUUGUAUUCGUUUUACAAUUCAUCUACGAGCGUAAGAAGAUUUUAAGGUUUGCCAAACACUUCCCUAGUCCAAAAGCGAAUCUCCUAUUGGGUAAUUUGGUAGAAUUUCCAAAGGAUAUUCCGGGUAUCUUCAAACGGAUGAUUGAGUUACACACGGAGUAUGGACCCGAUAUUGUUACAUGGGGAGUCGGAAACGAUUUUAUGCUCAACAUAAGCAGCGUCCAAAAUGUGGAGAAGGUUCUAAUGGCUAAGGCUACACAAAAAUCCGUGAUAUAUGACUUUAUAGAACCGUGGCUUGGUAAAGGUUUGCUAAUUUCAUCUGGGGAAAAAUGGUUUCAUCGACGGAAAAUCAUCACUCCUACUUUUCACUUCAAGGUUUUGGAAGGCUUCUCGGAGGUAUUCAACAGAGAAGCGGAUUUGCUGAUCCGAAAACUGAAACGACACGAAGGAGCCGAACAGUUCGACAUCUACGACUAUGUUUCAUUGUACGCGUUGGACAGCAUUUGCGAGACUUCGAUGGGAGUGCAGAUCAAUGCUCAACAGGAUCCUACCAAUCAGUAUGUGUGUGAUAUAAAGCGAAUGAGCGAACUAAUUCUACUGCGAAUAUUCAGCCCGUUGAGUUCGUUUAGAAGCAUAUAUUGGUACUUCGUACCCAACGCCUGGGAGCAACGAAGAUUGAUUCAUCGGUUGCAUCAGUUUACCGAUUCGGUAAUCAAUCAACGUCGCGAGCAAUUGAGAAAUAAUCACCAACUUGGCUCGAUCAAGUUCGAUCUUGACGAAACCGAUAUGUAUUCGAAGCGGAAGCAAACCUUCUUGGAUCUUUUGCUGAAUGUUACCGUAGACAGGAAACCGUUAUCGAAUCUGGAUAUUCGGGAGGAAGUUGACACAUUUAUGUUCGAAGGCCACGAUACUACCACAUCCGGAAUUUCAUUCACCAUUCUACAGCUGGCAAAACAUCAAAACAUUCAGCAGCGGGUUUACGAUGAAAUACUGUCCAAUUUAGGCCGGGAUGACUGUAAAUCAGCCACAUUGACGUAUAACAAUCUACAGGACUUCAAAUACCUGGAUAUGGUAAUAAAAGAAUCUCUCCGACUGCUUCCGCCAGUGUCAUUUAUCGGGCGCAAGCUGGUCGAGGAUGUAGAACUGAAUGGAGUUGUCGUACCGAGUGGAGUUGACGUUUCGGUUCCGAUUUACGUUAUCCACCGGAAUCCCAAAGUCUACCCGGAUCCGGAGCGAUUCGAUCCGGAACGCUUUUCUGAUAAUGCAGAGAACCGACGUGGACCGUACGAUUAUAUUCCGUUCAGUGUAGGAUCGCGAAAUUGUAUCGGACAGCGGUACGCCCAGAUGGAAAUGAAAAUCACUAUAAUUAAGCUGCUAGCUAGCUAUCAAAUUCUGCCCGGAGAAACGUUUAAAAAUAUAAGAUUUAAGUCCGACUUAGUGCUUCGUCCAGCGGAAGGCAUACCAAUCAAAAUUGUAGCCAGGAAUUAGGAUAAGCGCAGAAAACAGAUUCACAUGUAAACUGUGUGUAAAAUUUGCUCAAGCAGCGUGACGAAUACAUGCAGAUGUCACGACGAUCGACACUUUUUUGGGUGCAGCAUUCACUUCGCGCAAAAUUUUUGUUUUGUUUUUGGUUAAAAUGACUAGUUUAUUUUGGUUUAUUCCGACCGAAAAUAUGUGUUAUUCAAACGACAUUGAAAUAAAUUUGUCUUUUACUCUUAGGGAAAUCGUGUGAAAAGUUUUGUUUUCGGAGUAUUUCUAUUUUGUUAUCGUUCUGGAACGUAGUGGAUUGUUUUGAAAGCUCACGAUGAACAGUCGAGUAGGUGGCAGUAGUGUUUCUAACGUAUAGCAAAUCAGAAAUUUACAGAGGAUUUUGAAAAAUUUUGUUCAAGCCUGUAUAUCUGUUAUUUGUGAGAUAAGGUAGUAUAGAGAAAUAGUCCUACAUGAUUUUUCAACUGCUUUCUCUACUAAUCAAUUUAUCUCUUUUUGGAUUUAAUAAAAAAAUCAAGACUAAGAAAACUCUUUACAUGUAAAGUUCUGGAUCUUUUGAGAAUUAUUAAGCUUGUAAAUUUGAUGUAGUUUGAAUACGAACCGAAUUCUUUUCUGACUAGUUGUUUGAAAAACUGCAGUUGAUUUAUGAAUAAUCGUUAAAAUUAAAAAGUAACGUGCAAAUUAUUUAAAGUAAUCGAAACCUUAUUUAUCCGUGCUCCUGUAAUUAUUCAAUUAUUAGAACGCGUUAGCUUAGUUAGGGUCCAAAUUUAAAAAAAUCUCAUAUUCGCUAUUACUUUGUUACUACUUGUAGUACUUUGUACAGUAAGCCGAUUGUAAACAUAAUCAAAACAAAAAAAGUAUUAACAUUUAUGCAAUUACUUUGUAAAUUAAUCAAUUUAU